AUGGCGUCCAAGUCUUACAGGCUGUUCUUGAUUGUAGCUCUCAGCUACAUGAUCACAUUCGUCUCUGCACUAGGGACAACUUGUUCCACUCCUCUCACCUCCGGCACUGCCUCACCCUCCGACCCCUACUGGCUUCAGAACAUCAAGCACCAAGGCACCUCAGCGUUCAAUUCCAACCCGAGUUCAUACACGGUUUUCCGGAACGUCAAGGACUUUGGCGCAGUUGGAGAUGGUGUUACCGACGAUACCGCUGCCAUCAACGCCGCGAUUAGCAGCGGUGGUCGAUGCGGUGAAGGCACUUGCGCGUCUUCGACAGUUACACCGGCCGUCGUGUACUUCCCACAGGGCACAUACCUAGUUUCUAGCCCGAUCGUUGCGUACUACUACACAGAGCUUGUCGGAGAUGCCAGAAAUCCGCCAACCCUCCUUGCGGCACCCUCUUUCGCGGGAAUGGCUGUCAUUGAUGCGGACCCUUACCUUGUUGGAGGUGGUGGUUCUCAAUGGUAUACGAAUCAGAAUAACUUCUUCCGAACUGUUAGGAACUUUGUCAUAGAUGUCUCUCGGAUGCCUGCCACUAGCACUGGUACCGGUAUCCACUGGCAGGUGGCCCAAGCCACCAGUUUGGCGAAUAUUCAUUUCAUCAUGUCUCAAGCUUCCAACACAGCCCAUCAAGGUAUCUGGAUGGAGAAUGGAAGUGGAGGAUACAUGGGAGAUCUCGUGUUCACUGGUGGUAAAUUCGGUAUGUGGGUGGGAAACCAACAAUUCACUGUCCGAAACAUCACCGUCAACAACGCUCAAACUGCUGUGUUUGGUCUCUGGAAUUGGGGUUGGACUUUCCAGCGUGUUACCAUCAACAAUUGCCAAGUUGGAUUCGACUUGGCUACAGGUGGGUUGACAGAGGACACACAGACAGUCGGCGCCGAGGCCAUCAUCGAUGCCGUCGUUACCAACACUCCCAUCUUCGUUCGAACAUCGAGCCCUAGCACUUCUCUUGCUGGAUCGAUCGUCCUCAACAACGUCCAGUUGAACAAUGUCCCCACUGCUGUUGGAGUUGUUGGCGGGGAAGUUGUUCUCGCCGGAGGAACGAUGAAGAUCAACUCUUGGGGACAAGGAAAUAUCUAUUCUGGAACUAAUCCAGCAGGACGAUUUGUUCGGGACAGCAUUGUUGCGGCGGCCAAGCCAGCGUCAUUGCUCGACGGAAACGGAUUCAUUUUCGGAAAGACGCGUCCUCAGUAUGCUGAUUAUGCCACAUCCCAAUUUGUCAGCGUGAAGGAUCAUGGCGCGGUUGGUGAUGGGAAGACAGAUGACACUGCCGCUCUCACCAGCAUAUUCAACCAGUACGCUGGAUGCAAAAUCAUCUUCUUCGAUGCCGGAACAUAUAUUGUCUCCAGCACGCUCACUAUUCCUGCUGGUACACAGAUGGUUGGCGAGGCGUGGACCGUAAUUGCAGGCAAAGGUUCUGCCUUCCAGGAUCAGAAUAACCCCCAAGUCGUCGUUCGGGUCGGUGCCGCAGGUUCUCAAGGCACGGUUGAGAUCUCGGACAUAGUUUUUCACUCACCUGGUGCCAUCGUCGUUGAAUGGAAUGUCAAAGAAACCUCCCAAGGAAGCACGGGAAUGUGGGAUUCUCACAUCAGGCUGGGUGGUGCUGCUGGAACCGGUCUGGAGGCUUCGACUUGUCCGUCAAGUGGUGCCGGUGGAUACAAUAACUGCUACGCCGCCUUCCUUGGUCUACACCUGACCUCUGGAUCGACAGCGUACCUUGAGGGCACCUGGGUAUGGCUUGCCGAUCACGAUCUCGACGGAAACGGUAUCACACAAAUCUCGAUUUACUCUGGUCGUGGAAUUUUGUCCGAAUCAGCAGGACCAGUGUGGAUGAUUGGAACUGCUUCCGAACAUCAUGUCUUGUACCAGUACAACCUGGUCAACGCACAGAAUCACUACAUGGGGUUGAUUCAGACCGAGACGCCUUACUUCCAGCCUUCUCCUCAGGCGCCGACACCUUUCAGCGUUAAUUCCAACUUCCACGAUCCCACCUUUGGAGGCGAAAUUACCAUGGCCUUGGGAUUGAGAGUGGCAACGUCCUCUAACAUCAUAAUAUUUGGUGCUGGAAUCUACAGCUUCUUCUCCAGCUACUCUCAGACUUGCUUGAACUCAAACAGCUGCCAGAUGCACAUUGUCGACAUUGACUCUACAUCUUCAGUAACCAUCUACAGCCUUGCUACGGUUGCUAGUAUAUACCAGCUCAGCGUCAACAACGCGGGUAUCAUCAGCGAAAAUGACAACGUUGAUGGAUUUGCGUCGCUCACCACCGCUUGGAGUCCCGCAUGA